CCCGCGGCUGGGCGGAGGGAGGCGCGCCCUGCACCGCACCGCCCCCGCCCCGCGCCCGCCGCCCCUCCGCGCUCCAAGUGGGUGCACUAGCUGAAAGUUAAAAAAAAGCAGCAAAACACCCCAAACCCCCUCAGACCCGGCCGGAGGGGGACGGCGGUGGUGAGGCAGGAGCGAGUGUCUCGGGCAGUCACCAUGAAGAGCAAUAAGGAUAAAGUGGGAAAGCCCAGCAGCAAAGACUGAAGACUUUGGACGAGCUAAUGCCUAGAUGUAACUGUGGCAGGCCUGGUAGUGCAGCAUGAUUAGGAUGAGGAGGAAGAUACUUUGGGCAUCUUGCUUCUGCUUUGCAGCUGUCUUUUUCCUUGUGCUGACACUCCAGGUUAUCACCGAACUGGGCAAUUCAGAGAAUAAGGUGUCAGUAAUCUCCAGUUUACACAGCAGCAGCCCAUUUAAGCCUGGGGAGAGACAUGCUUUUCAGUUUAAGAAGCAGGAACUUCACAGCAGCUUCAAGACAGAGUCUGAUGUAAAACACUAUCCUGUCCUGCUCUGGUGGUCUCCCCUGACUGGAGAGACAGGGAGAUUCAGUCAGUGUGGAGAGGAUGUUUGCUUCUUUACUAUAAACAAGACCUACCAGCACAAUCAGAUGACAAGAGCAUUUCUGUUCUAUGGUACUGACUUCAGUAUAGACAGUUUACCUCUGCCUCGUAAAGAAUAUCAUGACUGGGCCCUUUUCCAUGAAGAGUCACCGAAAAACAACUACAAACUCUUCCACGAAGCAGCCAUCACCUUAUUCAACCACACUGCAACAUUUAGCCGCCACUCUCACCUGCCACUGACCACUCAGUAUCUUGAGGGUGUGGAGGUCCUGAAGUCAUUGAGGUUCAUGAUCCCCCUGCAGAUGAAAAACAGCCUGAGGAAAAGGCUUGCACCGCUUGUGUACGUGCAGUCUGACUGCAACCCCCCUUCUGACCGGGACAGCUAUGUGCGUGAGCUGAUGUGCCACAUUGAAGUGGACUCUUACGGGGAAUGUUUGCAUAAUAGAGACCUUCCUCAGCAUCUCAGAAAUCCUGCUGCCAUGGAUGAUGGAAACUUUUUAAAAAUACUGGCACAGUACAAGUUCAUUCUUGCUUUUGAAAAUGCUGUCUGUGAAGAUUACAUCACUGAAAAACUCUGGCGGCCGCUGAAGUUGGGAGUGGUGCCAGUGUACUUUGGGUCUCCCAGCAUUGUAGACUGGCUUCCUAGUAACAAGAGUGCAAUCCUGGUGUCGAGUUUUUCACACCCUCGGGAUCUGGCUCGCUAUAUCAAAACACUGGAUGCAAAUGAUGAAGAAUAUGAGUCCUACCUACAAUGGAAACUGAAAGGGGACAUUUCCAACCCAAGACUGCUUAGAACAAUGAAGGAGCGCAAGUGGGGAGUGCAAGAUGUCACCCAGGACAAUUACAUUGACACCUUUGAGUGCAUGGUUUGUAACAGAGUGUGGGAAAACAUCAGACGGAAAGAAAAGGGAUGGCUGCCCCAGAGGUGGCAGGCUCAGGUUAAUCAUCUGAGCUGCCCCAAACCAGAGGCAUUCUGGUUCUCAUCGUCAAACCCUGGCUGGAUUUCUCUCCAAAAGAUGUGGAUACCAAGCUUCGAGCAAUCCAAGAAAGAAGCCUGGGCACUGAGGCACCUGGUGGAAAGGAACAAGAAUUUCACAGCUGAAGAAUUUUGGAUGCUUGUAUUCAAAGAAUAAACACAAUGGACCUGUAAAAUAGAGUGACUGCCUCAGAGGAGUUCUGUGGAAUUUUCUUUUGCAGGUGACAUUAUCACUUAGGAUUAGUAGCCAUGGGAAGUAGACCUGUGAGACUGAAUUUAGUAUGUUCAGUGCUCAAGGGGCUCUGAGAAACGCUAAACAGUCAAAUUAUUCUGCCAGGUAAUAUAUGCACAUAUAUAUGCAUAUAUUUUUAUUUAGAAUGAUUUCCAUUAAUUGUCAUUUGUUCAGCUGUUUUGGCAUUAAGGUCCUGGUUGUCGGGAUUCUCAAAGCCCAGAUUUAAGCACACAGCUAAUUACCCUGAAGCAGAUGGCUCUCUCUUCAUCUUUAGAUACAUACCUGCUUGGUCUCAAGACCCCUUUUUCCCCAGUCCAGGACCCUCCUUUGCUCUAUUGCAGAGCAGCUGACACCAUUGCGCAGGUACAGCUUCUGUGCUGUUUUGGAGGUAGACUGAAAACUUGGGACUGUGUCCCUGGCUUGCUGUUUAUGAUCAAAUUUCCUGGCAUCAGCAGAUUUAAGCAGGGACUUGGCGGGCUUUGUGUCCUGACACUGAGUGCCAAUGUAAUGUACAUUAGUGGUUGGCACGAGGAAGCACCAUCUGUUAGUGUCCAGGGACAGAUUGAAUGAAAACGUGCUGGCUCAGAUUUACCCACCAUCUUUUGCUAAAAAUAAGCAGAGCACAUGAGUAUUGCUACUGCCCAGGAAUAGGUUGGCUUAGAUCUGACUUAUCUUCUUGCCUUUCUGAUGAUGUAUUUGUAUUCUGAUGGUCGUAUUUGUAUAAUAUAUAAACAUGAAAUGAUAUGAUUAAAAGGGCAGGGAUAA